AUGACCGAUGCAAGCGACUACGCUAUAGGAGCUGUUUUGGGGCAACGAAUGGAUAAACGCAGCCAUGUGAUCUAUUAUGCCUCCAAACCUUGGGAUGCAGCGCAGCGCAACUACUCGACCACAGAGAAGGAGCUUUUGGCCAUUGAAUUUGACUUAGAGAUCAAGGAUAGGAAAGGAUCUGAGAACUCUGUGGCAGACCACCUGAGCCGACUUGUGCGAGAUGAGGAACCCCUUCCUAUCUCCGACUCCUUCCCAGAUGAACACCUCUUUCACGUGCAAGGAGAAGAACCCUGGUAUGCCGAUUUGGUAAACUUCAUUGUAACAGCAAAAGCUACUCGGACUAACGAUGCUAAAGUUGUUGUAGGAUUCUUGAAGUCUAACAUCUUUAGCAGGUUUGGAAUUCCACGAGCCAUCAUAAGCGAUCAAGGAACCCACUUUUGCAAUCGCUCCGUCGAAGCAUUGAUGAAGAAGUAUGGAGUCCAUCACCGUGUAGCCACCACGUACCAUCCUCAAUCCAAUGGCCAAGCCGAGGUGUCCAACCGGGAAGUUAAGAGCAUUUUAGAGAAGACGGUCAACCCAUCAAGGAAGGAUUGGAGUUUGAGAUUGGAUGAUGCGCUUUGGGCCUACAGAACUGCGUAUAAAACUCCAAUAGGAAAAUUGUCCAAGAAAAGAAUUGAAGGCAAUUUGAUGCAUGUUCGGGAUGAAUUGGAGACCAUUGAAGUAUCUAGAUGGAACUGCAAGGAUACAAGGACUUCUGUUUUUCUGUGGAGAGAAACUGGGAGAGGAGGCUGGCGGCUGCGGAGUGUUCCUCAACGAUCAUCAGUUUUCAUGGAUCCCUGCAUAGCCAUGCGUGCUAAUUUGUUUCGUUUGACUGAGAACGGAAACCUCACGGUUGGUUGUGAGGAGCAGAGGAGCAUCUCAGCGCUAAUUCUGUCCAAUAGCAGCAUAUCAGAUAUCAUCCCUAACUGGUUUUACAACAGUUCUUCAAACAUUGAAGGUCUGGAUUUGUCGAAAAAUGAGUUGAUUGGACAAAUUCAAGAAAGAUUUGAUGAUAUGAUGCCAAAAUUACUCAACGGGACUCUUACAGGAAAGUGCUUAAGUGGCGGCAUUCCUGUUUCUCUGUGCAAGAUGAAAGACUUGUUUGUGCUCGACCUCUCAAACAACCAGCUAUCGGGAACACUCCCCGACUGGUGGAAGAGCUUACGACAGCUAGGUGGACUAAACUUGGGAAAGAACAAUCUCAGUGGCAAGAUUCCAACAUCCAUGCGCUCCCCACCGCUCACGUUUCUGGGACUACACGAUAAUGAUUUCCACGGGAUUCUUUCAAGAUGUUUGAGCAAUAUGACUUCCUUGUAUGUGCUUGAUCUGAGUCGAAAUGAAUUAUCUGGUCGGGUUCCCUCCUGCAUUGGUCAAUUGUUUCAGUUAAUUGUGCUGAAUCUUGAGUCCAAUACCUUCUGCCAAAGUCCGGGUUUAAGCCUAGCACAGAACAGAAUUUCAGGAAUCAUUUCGCUCUGCUUUGACAACUUAACCAUCUUGGCUGACCCAAAAUCUGCCAUUUUUGGGUUUUACAGGUGCCCAGCUAUGUACGUUAAAAGAGACUCAUAUCUUGGGAAUGAUGGACUCUGUGGGCCUCCGCUUUCAAAGAAUCGCCCGGGAGAUCAUGAGCAGUCUGAUAUUCAUAAACAGAUUGGUGAUGAGUCAGAUGGCAGAGAUGAAUCCUAUACUCGUUGGUUAUAUGCGGCCAUUGCUCGGGUGACACUGGCAAGUUCCAACAAUGAAGCUGGCACAACCAUAGUCAUUGUAAAGCGAGCUAGUUCCGCAAGCUCAACCUGCAUCAAGACAGAGAGGGAAGCUCUCCUGAGAUUCAAGCAAGUGCUGGUUGAUUACUCAAACUGCCUUUCAUCCUGGACCGAAGAAGACUGUUGCUCAUGGGAGGGAGUCAGGUGCAGCGAGAGCAAUCUGUGUCAGUUGUCUGAGUUGAGACUGGCAUACAACAGCUUCCAUGGAGACAUUUAUAAAAUAUUAGGUGAUUCUUCUGCUUGCUUCCAUGAUACUUUGAGCAUUCUAAAUCUUGGAAACAACAAUGUCAGCGGCCAUUUGGGGAAUGAGAUCGGGUCUUUCAAGAAUUUAGAAUUCAUUGACCUGUCCAAGAACUCGGUUGAGGGUCUAAUUCCAACAACCCUGGGUCAAUUGCAGUCUCUAAAGUAUUUGAAUCUCAGAGAAAACAAACUGUCUGGUAGCAUUCCAAGAGGUAUUGGACAGCUUUCCAAUCUAUACACACUGGACGUUUCCAACAAUCACUUGAACGGAGUGGUGACUGAAGUUCACUUGGCUAACCUCACGAGCUUGACCAGAUUGGAUAUAUCAAUGAACGAGUUGGCAGUCUCUAUUAAUCCUGCAUGGACUGCUCCAUUUCAACUCAAGUACAUCGGAAUGUCGAAUUGCAGAGCCGGUCCGCAAUUCCCUACAUGGCUUCAAUCGCAGAGACAUAUUUCUGGGUUGGAUUUGUCCAAUACCAGCAUAGCCACCAUAAUUCCUUACUGGCUUUCCAAUAUUUCGUCUGUCAUUAAAUCCUUGGAUUUGUCGAAGAACAGGCUGACAGGAAACAUUCCGGGUGGAUUUGGAGAUACAAUGGCAGAACUUGAGGCAUUGUCCCUUUCUGACAAUUUCUUGAAUGGCAGCAUUCCAGAUUCUUUUUGCAAGAUGAAGGAGUUAAUCUUACUAGACCUCUCAAAUUGUUGGGGUUUAUUCUUCAGCAAUCAGCUAAGGUAUAAAGCAGCAGCAGACUGCAGUAGCAGCAGAGUGUAG